AUGGAACCCGAGAAUGACACGCAGAGUUUGGAAUUCUUUCUUCUGGGAGUUUCAGAGGACCCCGAAUUGCAGCCCCUCCUCUAUGGCCUCUUUUUGUCCAUGUACCUGCUCACCGUGCUCGGGAAUCUGCUCAUCAUCCUGGCCACCGCCUCUGACCGCCGUCUGCACAUGCCCAUGUACUUCUUCCUCUCCAACCUGUCCCUGGUGGACGUCUGCAUCACCUCCACCACCGUCCCCAAGAUGCUGCUCCACAUCCAAUCGCACAGCCGGGCCAUCGGCUAUCAAUCCUGCCUUACUCAAAUGUAUUUUUUCCUACUGUUUUCAGUGAUGGACAUCUUUCUGCUGACGGUGAUGGCCUAUGACCGCUUCGUGGCCAUCUGUCACCCGCUGCACUACACAGCCAUCAUGAGCCCCCGGCUGUGUGUGGUGCUGGUGCUGGGCUCCUGGAUGGUGAGUGUCUCGCACGCCAUCUUACAAAGCUUGAUGGUGCUGCGGCUGUCUUUCUGUGCCCACUCAGAAAUCCCCCACUUCUUCUGUGAGCUCAACCAGGUGGUCCACAGCGCCUGCUCCGACACCUUCCUCAAUGAUUUGGUCAUCUACCUAGCCGCUGUGUUUUUGGCUUGUGUUCCCUUUGCUUGCAUCCUGUAUUCUUACUCCAAGAUUGUCUCCUCCGUCCGGGCCAUGUCCACGGCCCAGGGGAGGUACAAGGCCUUCUCCACCUGCGCAUCGCACCUCUCGGUGGUCUCCUUGUUUUACGGCACACUCCUGGGUGUGUACCUCAGCUCGGCGGUGACCCCAAACUCACACUCAACCGGCACGGCCUCGGUGAUGUACAGCGUGGUCACCCCCAUGCUGAACCCCUUCAUCUACAGCCUGAGGAACAAAGACCUCAAGAGGGCUCUGAACAAACUCUUAGUGGUAGACAGUAUGAAAAUGCCCUCGGUCCGCAGACUGAAUUGUGGGUGA